GUUUCCAUAUAUAUAGUCUAUUAGUCAUACAAUACAACUUUGCUUAAACAUAGCAGAAAAAACCAGAAAAGAGUGGUGACUGAUAAAUAGUACAAUUUUCUCAGUCUGAAAUUCAAACUUAGAGGACAAAAUGUUGAAAUCUAAGGAACCUCCUUUAUGUUCAUGUAAAAAUCCUUUGUGGGUUGCAGCUUUUUUCUUCAAACAGCUCAAGAAAGUUCAAAUCAUGGAUGCUGACAUUUCUUCCUCUGUAGACAAGAUUAUGCAUUAUGAAAUGGACGCUGUUUCCUAUAGAAUACUUGCAUAUCUUGUUCUUGGUGUUGUUAAAACAUACUCAAAGAAGGUUGAGUAUCUACUCGAUGAUUGCAAUGACGUGCUCAGUGAAAUCAACAAAUUUGUGAUAAAUACAAAGAACAACGCACCUGUCAAAGCCGUGCGUAUGGCUUUUAUUAUGCCUGACACAUUUGAGUUGGAUGCUAUUGAUCUUGGUGAACUCGAAGAUACUUCUGGGUAUCAUACUGCUCCCCCAGAACAAAUCACUCUUAAAGAAGUUUUGUCUAAUACUGGAGGAUUUGCGCAGUUUUCUCAAGAGAGGUUUGAGGAUUUUGAUAUGCAGUUUGAGGGUUUUGGUUUCGGAGAAACUAGCUGCUCUCUUGACCAACUUAUGGCGGAAAAUAGUUUUCUUCAAUUUCAACCGAUGGACUUCGACUUCGAAGUUUUUCCAUCAAAUAGUCGAAAUAAUCUCAUUGAAGGGUCUUCUGGAAAACAAUUAGAAUUUCAAAGAAAGGUGCCGUUUGAAGAUGGACAAUCUAGCGCUAAUCCGUUAGAGUCAACAACCAUUAAUGAAACUCCUCAAUCUAAGUUUCAUGAUGAUUCAACUGCAAGACCAAAACCAAAACCAGGUGCUACGGAAUCAAAUAGUCGAAAUAAUCUCAUUGAAGGGUCUUCUGAAAAACAAUUAGAAUUUCAAAAAAAGGUGUCGUUUGAAGAUGGACAAUCCAGCACUAAUCCGUCGGAGGCUACAAUCAUUAAUGAAACUCCUCAAUCUAAGUUUCAUGGUGCUUUAAGUCAAAAAAGGAAAAAGUUUCAUGGUGGUUCAAUUGCAAGACCAAAACCAGGUGCUACGAAAUCAGAUUUUAUGCUUAUUCCUACACCAGAUGCAACGGAAGGUGCUCACUUUUCAAAGAAAAGAAAAUUUGUUAUUGAUGAAACGCAAACCUUGUCUAAUGAGAUACUCAGAAAGCGCAUACAUGAUGCAAGUGAUGUAGUUUCUGUUCGAAAAUCAUUACGCAUCUCUUUGAUUGAUAAGCUGAGAAAAACUCAGAUGUUUAGUCUUCUGAAUGGAUUCAAUGAAUCCUUGUUUCCUUAUCACUCCCCAAAGCUCCAACGCUUGCUUUCCAACAGCAAAUUGGAAAUAUCAACCUCCCUUAAAAUUGGGUCAGAUGUGCAAGAAUCUGAAGCUGUUGGCAUUCCGGAGCAUAUCGAAAUUGCUCCGGAAAUCCGUCCAACGCGCUCAGAUUCUGUUGCUAAUGAAGAAAUUCUGGGGGAGGUUGAUGCUGCUGAAUCUCAAGCAACUGCUCCAGAAACCCCUCCUUUAGGGCCUUCAAGUCCCCGUAGAAGUAUAGAGAGGGGGCAACCUUCCGAAAGUAGUGAUAAUAUGGAGGAAGAGGAAAUAAAUUCUUUGCAGGAAACAAAUUCAUGUGAAACUGAGAAUUCAAAUAUGUCUGGGUGGUCUGAGCAAACCAGUAAGGUUGCAACCUACUUGAGCAACCAAAAGGAGGCGGGUUCCGUAAACCUUUCAAAAGUUUCAGAAGGGCGAACCAGAAAAGAAUCUGCAAGGCUAUUUUAUGAAAUACUGGUCUUGAAAACUACCAAUUAUGUGGAUGUGCAACAAAAGGAUGCUUAUGGUGAUAUUGAAGUUAGGAAACUCCCCAAAUUUGAUCAAACUUUUGGAGUCUGAUGGUUUGUUUAUCUGACAUAGGUACAUGUCAGAGGUCAUUUAGAAAUAGAGAGUUGAUAGGAGGACAUAGGUACUUUAGAAACAGAAAGUUGAUAAAACUUUGUACUUUGCCUGCCAAAUGUGUGGAUUUCUUCCACAGUUUUCCUUUGUACAGUGAUGGCAGAGUUAGAAACUCCAAUUUACAGGAGAAUCAUCUCCUACAUUUUCUCUUCAUAUUUAUUACAUGUCAUCAAAUGAUGGCACUCGUGUAACAUUACAAUUGGUUUUAAAAUUUAUUGGAUGAUUUUAAGUA